UACCGAUUCGUAAGACGGAUUUAUUCAUUGCAGGUUUUGCCACUCACUGAACUGCUGGAGGAGCCGGUGGACCAGCCGCCGCGAAGACGAGAUAGACGGGGAGAUCCGGUCCGCGAGAAGGAGGACCGGCGCCGGCGCCGCUCGCGCUCGUGGGAGCGGCGCGCGCGCGCCCGACGGCACAACCGCGAGCCCGACCACGGCGACCGCCCCGACCGAGGCUACGACAAGAGAAGACCAGUAUCGAGAUCACCGUCACCGCGCGGUCGCUACCGCAACAGGAGUCCACCGCCUGCGCUUGUCGAACGACCAGCUAGCAGAUCUCGAUCAAGAUCACCGAUACCAAUUCGGGAUCGAGACCACGAGCGGGACAGACUGCGCCCUCCCCGCGAGUUAGAAAGAGACAGAAUGAGCCGCGAUAGAGAACACCGGGAACGCUUGUCUCGCUCUAGGGACAGAGAACGAUCACGCGAUAGGUCCCGGGACAGAUCUUUGUCUCCGCAUAACGACUCGAGACCUGAACAUAACGAUAGCUAUAACAAACGAAGAUGUCGCGAUUUUGAUGAGAAAGGUUACUGUAUGCGUGGCGACCUCUGCCAGUGGGACCAUGGUACUGACCCGGUUGUGUUAGAAGACGACGCCCUUACAAGGGUUCUUACUAUUCCACCACCAGUACCUGAGUACAAUCCGCUGGCGCCGGACAUCUGGUGCGGCCCAGCGCCGUUCCCGCCGUUCGCGCACCCGCACCCGCACCCACACCACCCGCACCAGCCGCACCCGCCGAGGGAGCUCAUCCCCAUUCCCAGAGUCCGCCACGACGUGCCCCCUGCGGGAGGCCCACUGAUGGCCCUGCCGCCGCGACACCCGCCGCCGCCGAAGAAGAACUUCGACUACAACCGAUUGGGUGCCGCGCGCCCUCCUCCCCUACCCCCCAGUGCGGCGAACUGCUCGCUGGAGGUGAAGAAGGUGCCUCGCGGCCUCAACGACAUCACGCAUCUCAACAACCAUUUUAGCAAGUUCGGCAAGAUUGUGAAUAUACAGGUCUGCUACGAAGGUGAUCCAGAAGCAGCACUAAUAACCUUCUCUUCGCCCACCGAAGCCAAUGUCGCCUACAAGAGUACAGAAGCAGUGCUAAACAAUAGAUUUAUUAAGGUCUUCUGGCAUAAUCCUGAUAAUAAACAAGAAAACGUGGCGCCUUCCGGCCAACAAAACAAGCCCGCUGAUAGACAAAACAACCAGCAUCCAAUGUCACACAACAAAGUGUUGAUCAAUAGAGACAACAUCAAGGCAACUGCAGACAUCAAACAACAGCAAGCCGAUAAGUUAAAAGAAACCCCCAACGGCCAAGAACCAAAGAAGGAGACACCCAAACCAGUUGAGAAGAGCAAACAGGUUAUGGAGAUGCAUAAACGCGCUCAAGCACUACUCGAAAAGCAACUGCAGCAACAAGUUUUACUUAUACAGAAACUGGAGUCAG